UAGAUAUACAUAAUAAUACGCAGUCUGCAUAUACAUCCACAGAGCCUGAUGUCGUGUCAACUCAUGCGCACUGGCACAUCGCCGGACAACGCAGCCGCCAGUCUCGAGUCUCCUGAGUGUUAGUGUCCACGUCUAUCUCACUCCCACACUCGAUAAGUACUCCUCUUGAACCUCUUCUCCUCGCCUCGUAAGGGGAGAGCCGACAACAGCAUCAGCAGCAAGUGAAGGCAAAGGGCUAGUCCGUAGAGUGUGCGAUGAGUCCCUGGAGUGAUACCGCGUUGUUGCUUUUCCGCAUGUAACUACAUCGAGGUUUACGCGCCUAUAAAUAUUGCUAACAUCGGAAAAGUUCGUCGAGAACACCAGGAUAUCUCGCAUCGAGACGAGAGCGAGAGUAGCUAGUGGUGAGAGAAGAAACAGCGGCCAAAAGUUAGAUCAAGCUGAGGCAAGAUGUCGGGCUUCGACGAGAACCCUUUCGGCGAGCCCAGCGUCAACGAUCCCUUCGCGGAUCCAGCAGUACGUAAGGCAGCAAGUUCGAUACCCAACAGGGGGAUUGAUGACUAUAAUCCAUUUGCGGAUCAACCUGGAGGUGCUAGUAGUCAAGUCAGAGGUGCCUCGAAUCCACCAAUCUAUGGAGGCACAGCUUCGACAGCACAGCAGCCUGCUAUGCUGCAAACAUCAAGUCAAGAGGCACCUCCACCAACAUAUGUACGCAGCCCUCAACAGACUAUUCCUCAGUCAAGCAGUGGAAUGUUCUCACCAACAAGUCAACCUCCAAAUGAGGCAUGGAAAAGGACUGAACAAGAUAUGGGUACUGCAUACUAUCCAAGGAGAAACAAUUGGCCUCCAUUACCUGAAAAAUGCUGUGUACAACCUUGUUUUUAUCAAGACAUAGAUGUUGAGAUUCAACCUGACUUUCAGAAAAUCGUCCGACAACUUUAUUACUUAUGGAUAUUCCAUGGUGUGAUACUUUUGUUAAACGUAGUUGGUGGCUUUGCGGAAAUGAUAGCCUAUGGCGCUCCUACAACAUUUGGACUGGGUAUUCUUUAUCUUAUUCUUUUCACGCCGUUCUCAUUUGUUUGCUGGUUUAGACCAGCAUAUCAAGCUUUUAAGAAUGACAGUUCCUUCAACUUUAUGGUAUUCUUCUUCAUAUUCUUUUUCCAAACUGUAGUGACGGUAAUUCAAAGUAUUGGAAUCCCUGGAUCUGGAACAUGUGGGAUCAUUACAGCUAUCGCGACAUUCUCGCCAUCAGCAAAGGACAUGUUCAUUGGAACUCUGUUGCUCUGCAUCGCGAUAGCAUUUAUUGUUGCAGCAACUGGCGAUGUUAUAUUGCUUAUAAAGGUACACAACAUCUAUCGCAGCUCAGGUGCAAGUGUGUCUAAAGCUCAGGCUGAGUUUACAACAACAUUUUUGCGUAAUGAGCAUGUGCAAAAUGCCGCCUCAAACGUGGCCGCAACUGCCGUUCGUGCUCAGGUUAACAACAUGACCCAACCCCGGUAUUAAAACCAAGGGGCCGGCAUCAUGAAAACAUGAAACAUUGGUGAAUGAAUACGAAAGCUCUAUUCAGUUUUCAGCGUCUAAUAUGUUUACUCUCGAAGGUCGAACGCACGCAUAAACGAAGGUUAAUGAGGUGCGCAUCGGAGUGAGUGUAUUUACUUUAUAUAUAAAAGUAUAUAGAAGUAAGCUGAACAGACAUUUUUGUGCGCGAUGUGCGAGAAGUUGUGUCCAUGUCCAUUGUGACAAGAAAGUGUAAUGCAGAGAGUUUAUGUUAUUACAAUUGGUCCACUGCUCUCUCUUAUGUUUUUCUGCGCGUUAUAUAGCCUAUAUAUUUGUAACGUAUAACGUUUUUUUUGUUUAUCUUUUUUCUUGUUCUCUUCCUCUAGAAAUAUUAUGUAAAAAACUAUAUGUAUACUAUACUAAAUUGUUGCUUCAACUACUCUUUACUUUUUUUUAGCGAAAAGCUUUAAAUUAUAUGCGAGACCCAAAUUUUCUUCUGUGUUAAACAACAGCAUUCCAUAAUUUAUGUUGUAUAUACCCCGAUAUUUCGAAAAAUAAUAUAUAAAGGGAUGAUAAAAAAAUUAGUUUGCGAUAUAAAAAUCUCCAUUGUGCAGUAUUAUUGUCACAAAACUGCUGCAAGGCCGAAUGGAACUAUUUAAUCUUAAAGUUUGAUUUAUACACUGUUAGUUUUACAACGUAAAGGUAAUCAAAUUAUAAAUACACAUAAAAGGUUUAUUAAAUGUAUAAAUUAUUAAAAAAUGGUAUACUCACGUAACAUUUUCCGGAAUGUUCAAGGGACUAGAAUCAUGUUACACAGCAUGAGUGUUUUAUUAAUAUUGUAUUUAUGUUUUUAUCUACAAUCGCUCUAUAAGGUCGUCCAAAUCGAGCAUACUGAGUAGUUCAGCUCCUGCAGAUUAAUUAAUGAUUAUUGUUUUCUAACGUUGCUUUCAAAAUGUAUUAUAUUAUAAAAAAAUUUUUUUGUAUACACGUAAGUCGCAUAAGUCAUUAAAAUAUUUUCAAAAUGUUA